UUGUAAUUCACACACAACGUGAGCAACUAUAGCGUUGCCACUCACAGGCCUGCGGCGCAGAAAAACAAAUUUGUUUGCAUUUGAUAAUUGGGGAAAAAGUUGUGUAAAAAUCAGUUUUCAAGCUGGCCAGCGCAAUGAACGUCGCAGGCGGCGGCACCAGCACCACUGCAGGCAACGCCGGCAACAAUAAUACGCUACCAAUGGCACAACUGGCGGACGGCUGGCUAGAACUAGAAUCGGAUCCGGGUCUUUUUACUUUGUUGCUGGAAGAUUUUGGAUGCCACGACGUGCAAGUCGAAGAAGUCUACGACCUGCAAAAGCCCAUUGAAAGUCCAUACGGCUUCAUUUUUCUCUUUCGCUGGAUCGAAGAACGUCGGGCGCGUCGAAAAAUAGUGGAGACAACUGCAGAGAUAUUUGUCAAGGAUGAAGAAGCAAUCUCGAGCAUCUUUUUUGCCCAGCAGGUGGUGCCCAAUAGCUGUGCAACCCAUGCGUUGCUUUCCGUGCUACUCAACUGCAACGAGAACAAUCUGCAGCUGGGCGAAACGCUGAGUCGUCUCAAGGCUCACACCAAGGGCAUGAGUCCCGAAAACAAGGGUCUAGCCAUAGGCAAUACGCCGGAGCUGGCCUGUGCCCACAACUCGCAUGCCAUGCCGCAGGCGCGCCGUCGUCUGGAACGCACUGGAGCUGGUGUAGCGAGUUGUCGCUUUACCGGCGAAGCCUUUCAUUUUGUCAGCUUUGUGCCUAUAAAUGGGCAACUGUUUGAACUGGACGGCUUAAAGCCAUAUCCCAUGAACCAUGGCUGCUGGGAGGAGCAUGAGGAUUGGACAGAUAAGUUUCGACGCGUCAUGGCUGAACGCUUGGGCAUAGCGACAGGCGAGCAGGACAUACGCUUCAAUCUGAUGGCGGUGGUGCCCGAUCGGCGCAUAGCCAUCACGCACAAGCUGAAGAUGCUGCGCACCAAUCAGGCUAUUGUCUCCGGCACACUCCAAAAGCUGCUCAAAGCCGAUGAGCAGGGCGAGCGCGAUGAACAGCAACGUCCGGAUACACCCAACACGCUGCUGGAGCCGAGUGCGUUCACAGCGCGCGAUUUACAAUCGCUGCUCAAGAAUUUGGAUACGGAAAUAGCCAUCAAUGAGCAGCAUUUGGCCGAUGAGAACGAUCGUCGGCAAAUGUUUAAGGUGGACGCCAGUCGUCGCACACACAACUAUGACAAGUUCAUCUGCACGUUCCUAUCCAUGCUGGCACAUCAGGGCGUGCUUGGCGAGCUGGUCAGUCAACAUCUGCUGCCCUCCAAAAAGAUAAGCGGACAGAGCGCCGCCAAUCGCCUCAACAAGCAGAACAGCGCUGCGGCCAAUACGGCGAAUAGCAAUGCGGGUGCCACUGCGGGCGGCGCCAAAUCCCAGCAGCAGCAGCAACAGCAGCCACAACAACCGCAGACACCCAAGAAUGGCAAGUCGCCCGGGAAGACGCCGGGACGCCGGCGUAAGGGGCGAAACAAGUGCAGGAAGCGCAAGUGAUGUGCGCUGAGAGAAUUAUUCUAAAUUGGUACUAUCAAUACACACUUAAAUAUAUAUAUAAAUUACUAUAUAUACUUAA